CAGGCGUCUAUCUUUUUUUAUAAUUACCUGUGCUAUUUUUAUUCUUUAACUUAUCAUCUGUCAGAUUAGUCAAAUUUCUUUCAAAGUCGAGGUGUCACUUUGUGAAGUUCACAAUGGGGCGCCGACCAGCGAGAUGCUAUCGGUACUGUAAAAACAAACCGUACCCAAAAUCACGGUUUUGCCGUGGUGUACCGGAUCCCAAAAUCCGUAUCUUCGAUUUGGGCAAGAAGAGAGCAGCCGUGGACGACUUCCCACUAUGCGUUCACCUGGUGUCCGAUGAGUAUGAACAGCUCAGCUCUGAAGCUCUGGAAGCAGGGCGCAUUUGCUGCAACAAAUACCUGGUGAAGAACUGCGGUAAAGACCAGUUCCACAUCCGCAUGAGGUUACAUCCAUUCCACGUUAUCCGCAUCAAUAAGAUGUUAUCGUGCGCUGGGGCUGAUAGGCUCCAGACUGGGAUGAGAGGUGCUUUCGGCAAGCCGCAAGGUACCGUAGCGCGUGUGCGCAUUGGCCAGCCCAUCAUGUCUGUGCGUUCCAGUGACAGGUGGAAGGCUCAGGUCAUCGAAGCCCUACGUCGUGCCAAGUUCAAGUUCCCCGGACGUCAAAAGAUUUACAUUUCCAAGAGAUGGGGCUUCACGAAGUACGAUCGCGACGAGUAUGAGAAGCUGCGUGACGACAACCGCCUCGCCAACGACGGCUGCAACGUGCGCUACCGCCCUGAGCACGGCCCGCUCGACACCUGGAGGAAGGUGCAGACUGAGUUGUUCAAUGCUUAGAUGUGACACUUAUAAUAUACUGAGGUUUCAUUAC